CAAAGCACCCGAAUACUGCGGACGCAGCGUUUACGCGCAGGCGACGCAAAAGUGGAUUUACUGAGCACCUGCAUGGGGACACUGUGAGGCUUUUUCCCUCUUAUUCUAUUGACUCUUGGGUACCAACUGGCAACUGGAAUGGAACUGAAUCUGUCGAAGAAUGUCAUUACCUGUGGGGAUCCAGGUGGGAUGAAUUUGGACAGAAUCGCAGAGGCAGUGAGAGCACCGCCGCCCCGCGACGUGGCCGCCGCGUUUCACUUGCAGAAAACGUCAAACAGCAGCCGAGAAACUUUAGAGAACUCAAGCAGCGAGUCUUCAGACGCAGAGUUGGCAGAAAAGGAGCGGAGCGCCGAGCACAGGAGCGAUGACGGGAACGCGGACGACCCCAAGAAGAAGAAGCAGCGGCGGCAGCGCACGCACUUCACCAGCCAGCAGCUGCAGGAGCUGGAAGCCACUUUCCAGAGGAACCGCUACCCGGACAUGAGCACCAGGGAGGAGAUCGCCGUGUGGACCAACCUGACCGAGGCCAGAGUGCGGGUGUGGUUCAAAAACCGCCGGGCCAAGUGGAGGAAGCGGGAGCGGAACCAGCAGAUGGACCUCUGCAAGAACAGUUACCUGCCGCAGUUCAGCGGCCUCAUGCAGCCCUACGACGACAUGUACCCGGCCUACACCUACAACAACUGGACCAACAAGGGCCUGACCCCGGCGCCGCUGUCCACCAAGAACUUCACCUUCUUCAACUCCAUGAGCCCCCUCACCUCGCAGUCCAUGUUCUCGGCGCCCAACUCCAUCUCCUCCAUGAGCAUGGCCUCCGGCAUGGGCCACUCGGCGGUGCCGGGCAUGGCCGCCCCGGGCCUCAACAACAUCAGCAACCUGAACGGGAUCGGGACGUCGGGCAUCAACUCGGCCAUGUCGUCGUCCGCGUGUCCGUACGGGCCGCCCGGCUCUCCCUACAGCGUUUACCGGGACACAUGCAACUCGAGCCUGGCGACGCUCAGACUGAAAUCCAAACAGCACCCGACCUUUGGAUACAGCGGUCUGCAGAGCCCCAGCUCCAGCCUGAACGCCUGCCAGUACAACAGCUGACGGGGACGUGCAUGUUACAAGUAUGAGGGGGUGUGAGGAGCGGACGGUAUAUAGGCCACCUGUGGAUGGGAACACGAAUGAAAGACAACUAAACUGGAUUAGCUGCAAUCAUUUUUCAAAAAGAAAAAAUGGAUUAUGCGGGUUACUUGACUUUACCAAUGAACAGCAAUUUAAAUGUCCAGGUUUUUUUGGAUUCUUUUUUUUUUUUUUUUUUUUUAAUGAUGAAGACAUGUUUUAUUGUUGUACAUAUAAACAUGUAAAUAUAUACAGGUCUAAUAUGAAAAGACGAUGGGAUUUUUUUUCUUCUCUCUUUUUUUGUGCUCGCUUGCUCGCUGUCGAGGACUGAUGUCGAACUAAACAAGGAUUUGCAACAAAAUAAAUAAAUAAGAUAAAAUAAAGCGUCGAGCAUUAUAUAAAACAAAACUCAAUGCGGGAAAAAAGAGGAAAUAUGACAUUUAUUGUACAUUUUUAUACCGCUUCUGUGUGCUUUCUGUUUAUAUGCUGGGUGCAACCCCGUGAAGCUUUCCCUUGAAAAAAAAAAACAACCUUUAAAUUUGUUUGCAGAAAUAGAAAAAAAACGCAUGUUUUAACUUGAGUGCUUUGUACGAAAAUGUAAGAAUUUACAGAAGUUCAUUAACAUAAACUGUAUACAUAACAUUAAAGUUCUCGUGUGUUUAUGGUAACAUGUUUGAAUAAACUCCAGGAAAAGAGUUAUUUCAAUAUAUGCUGUAGGGGAGUAUUUGUGUAAAAGACAGUAGUUAUGCAGUCAGUGUAAACGGAUUAUCUCAAAAACAUCUGGUUAAGAUUGGUUGAUUAUUGGAUUAGUGGCCUGUGUUAUAACAACGGCAAACAAGUUUAAGACUAUUGCUAAAGGGAAAUUUUUUAAUCUAGAGGAAGGCAUUCAGGAUCAAAGUUUCAACUCAUCUUUUAAAACUGUCAGUUAUUUAGUCCUUAACUUACGGCAAUGAUCAGAAAAUGAAUGCAUCCGUAAAGCAGUAUACUCUUAUUUAUUUAAAAACAACUUUCUUGCACUGCGACAUCGAAACUGACAGGCCUGCGCGCAGUUCUCACCCUUGUCUUAUUGUGAUCUGAGCAGCCUCGCGUCUGCAGCAGACUGAGCCACACUGAUGCAGAUGCAUGCAUGGCAGUAAAGGUAGAAGCAGCCCUGCAGUCCCACCGAAAAUAAGUAGUUCCAUCCCCAGUUGCACAUUCACGUAGUUCCAGGGGGGAAAACAUGUUUCUGUUCGUGUCUGAAUUUCUUUUUAAAAAGACUGGCGGAAACGACGUUUUACGAAACUGCAAUUAAAUAUUCUUGUCUUGCAACUCAUGUUGCUCAGAUUCAGAAUUCAUAUUUUGUAAUCAGGACAAUAAAACAUUUAAGAUGUAAAUGCAUUUAAGAAAUGCAGGAAAAUAUCCACGCGUCAGCGCGCACAUCCAUCUAGACGCACGAAGUAAAUUCGCAGAGCCAUAUCUUGUUUUCUGACACCUUCCGAAAUCCCCAUAUCUAUAUUACUCACCAUUAGACUGAUAUUAGGGCGCUGCGCAGGUGGAGAAGCGAUGAUUGUGUGCUUAAACUGAUAGUGAUCCUUGCCGGAUGUGUGAGGAUUAAGGCGCAGCCAGAUUUAACAAACUAUUAAAAACGGUCCCGAAUUAAACAGUUUGAUACAGGAAAGAAUUAUCAGACUAUUUAAUCAAGCCAGUGCAAUUACACAAGUGCGUUUUAACUCGGGCCUUAAAAAAAAAAGCCUUCACAAUUUAAACAUAAAAGUAGUAGUGUGAAUAGCUCUUUUAGUGAAUGUUUACACUAUCUUUUAUUGCUGUAUUUACCUGGUGUCUCACAGAAUCGCUCAUAGUGACCACAACACGUUCUGCCUAAAGCCUCCGCCAACACUAAUUGACUUUUCUGGUAUUUUUAAUUUAUAUUAUCAGAUUAUUCUUUUCCUUUGUCGUGUGACGACUGAAAGCGGCUUUAUCUUUUUAUCUCAUGAUGGCCUAAUGUGUGUGGGUUUACCUUCAAAACAAACGAACUGCUCCGUUGUUCUGAUUGGUUUAUUUUGUUUAAUUAAUAUCAUAAGGAAAAUUAGGGAGGCUAAUUGCUGAUAAAAGUAAAUGUUUUUCAUCUCACGUGUUUUAGUGUCCCACGAGGCUGAGAAAUCAAACGUUUUACAGUUAGUUUGUUUAUGUUAAUGCUUGGUUAGAGUUGAUCAGGAUUAGGGUGACAUUACAUGUGUGUCGGUCACGUCAACAUUAGAAAGUGUGUUUGUACGCAUGCAGUACUGAAAUAUGUCACGUUGGAAUGUGUUCAUGCAUUAAAU